ACAGAGGGCCUCACUUCGUCUGAGACCUUGAUGAUGAUGACAAUAGCACUACUGUCUUGACGAGUACCUAGCAUAUCCACCUUUGGCUCUUGUACAAUUUUGACCGAGGCCGAAUCAAGACUGCAAGAAGAUGAGGUCAAUGCCGAUGAAAGCAUAUAAGGGCAAUCCUGUCCUCCUCAACUAGAGUUUCCUUCAUCACCAUCAGUCUCAUCAUCCAUCGCCCACCACCUUCAUCUUGCCCCUCAACUUCUUCUGCAAGCUCACCUACCGACUUUCUCACCACAAUCCAUUCCCACCACCACCAAAAUGUCCAAAGUUAUUGGCGUCAUCUCCGGCCUGCUCGGCAUUCUCCAAUUUUCCAUGGAUAACUUCCCCAAAAAGCAGUCCAACUCGUGCGUCGUGCGUGUCUCGACCGGUCUCGCAUCCUCAGGUGGUCUUGAAAACCCCGAGGGUGGUGUGUACAAGGUUCACGUCUUCAACCAGAACCAGGAGCGCAUUGGGUGGAGCAACGGAAAGUUCAUCUCCAACGGUGGCUUUGUCGACAUCAAGGUCGACCAGGGCUCAAACCGCCAGCAAGCUGCCUUUGCCACCAUUGAGGCCACGGCCGAUGGUAUCUGCAUCCCUUAUAUGUCUGCCACCUGGGUUGACGAGCAAAAGUAUGGCUGGGUGGGCGACAUCGGUUCGUACUGCGGGCAAAAGUGGUAUUACAGCAACUACUGGGUUGCUAAUACCCAACCUCGCUGCACUUGGGUUGACCGGGACCACUCUCAUGGCGUCAAAGCCGGCAUGAUCAUGGUCCACUGGCCCAGCUUCCACACCAACGAUAACUGGGUAUCGGGCGACCCCAACCCCCGCUCCAAGUGCGGCUACCCCGGUUUCCGUGCCUACAAGAACUGGGGCGAUGCUGAGGUCACCGAGUGGUGGAAGCGUGACGACACCAACGCCACCCACCCCGCUGAGAUUACCAAUGACGAUGGAGUCUUCGACCCUAACAACUUCGACGGCAGCAAGUGGGUUGAGACCGACUACACCUCGGGCGACUCCAGCUCCGUUGUCAUUGCCGGUCGCCAGAUCAUCAAGAAGCGCACCGUCCGCAAGCUCGACCCUCGUCUCGUCAUCUCCAACUCGCCCUUCCACAAGGCCUCGGAGCUUUGCGAGAGUGAGACGUCUUUCGGCCCCGACUUUGUGUCUCUUGUUGAGGGCAUGUACUGCAACAUGGAGACUUCUGAGCUGCUGCCUCUUUGCACCGAGGGGCUUCAGAGGGGAUGCUUCCAUCUCGAGCAGAAGACCCAUGUCAAGCGGGAUGGUGUUGUCAGCGAGGGACAGAAGGAAUAUGAGCACAUCCUUGACUGGACGACUUCCAACUGAGAGAAUUGUGAAGGCAAGGUAUUUUGGUGGUCGUUAUUGGGGUGACAAGAAUCGAUUCGGAAGGGGGAGGAAGUCGUGCAAUGCAGUGUUUUGUUUGAUGAGUUGAAAAUAUAGCUGCGGA